GCUUCUAAAAAUCCUUCCCGAGCACAAAGCUACUCUCUUGUACGGUAUGAAUUGCUACAACACUGUUUUUCAACUUCAAGUUCAGAUAGCGUUUCGAGUGAUGCUUUUCGUGCACUCACUGCGGACUGCGGACAUCAGUUCUAUUCACCACUGGCACUCACGCACACCAGAAAAGUUUCACUCGCUCAGGAAAAUUGUGCGCCGGCUCGGCAGUUGUCAAAAGUUUGUUGUCGAUCAAUUAUUGCGGUUUGUGUUGCGCUAGGCUACGUUUCUUGUUCUGCUAAAGUCAUUUAUUCUACCACACAGUUGGAUUUUAGGCCAAUGCUCAGUAAGCAACUCAUUUAGAAUGAAUCUUUACCACUAUCUGAAUUCGGUCCAACGUGUCUGGAAUGCCACCGAAGGGCAAGCUGUCGGCCGAUUGCUUUCGCUUUCCGAUUAUCAUGUUAACAACCCUACACUGUACGUGGAACACCCGGAGACGGCCGUGGAUCGCCAGCUGGAGUCCCCAUUGGAUGAAAUCGUUUCCUGCCAUUUGAAAGUGCUCUACUAUUUAACGAAAGAACCUCGGAACUACAGCGAAGCUUACAGACAGCAAACGAACUGCAUUCAGGCGGUGGUCAAAAUGCUGCAAGCGCUUAAAGAUGAGAAUUGGUUCCUGCCAAUCAUGUACACAGUUGCCAUCGAUUUGCGCCGCCUAGCGGCCAAAUGCGAGGAACAGUUAAAGACUUCGAAGCCGGGUGAAAUUCUGGAGAAGGCGGCCGAAUGUCUGAUGGGAUGCUUUCGGGUGUGCGCAGCGGACAAUCGCGCUUCCGGUGCAGAUACAAAGCGCUUGGGCAUGUUGAAUCUGGUCAACCAGCUGUUUAAGGUGUACUUUCGAAUUAAUAAGCUGAACCUGUGCAAACCAUUAAUUCGGGCAAUCGAGAGUUCCAACUAUAAGGAUUCCUUUAGUCUGGCACAGCGAAUCACUUAUAAAUAUUUCGCUGGUAGGAAAGCCAUGUUCGAUUCAGACUAUCGCAACGCGGAUGAAUAUCUGAGCUUUGCUUUCGAAAACUGCCCGCGUCGGUUUGCCCGCAAUAAGCGGCUCAUCUUGACAUACUUGGUUCCCGUGAAAAUGCUGCUUGGAUACAUGCCACGUAAAGAAGUGCUAGAACGAUACAAUGUUCUGCAGUUCCACGAUCUGACAAUGGCUCUCAAGGAGGGAAACGUAAGACGUUUCGAUGAGGCUAUCCAGAAGCAUGAGUCAUUCUUCAUCAACGCCGGCAUUUUUCUGAUUGUGGAGAAGCUGAAAAUUCUGGCCUAUCGCAAUCUGUUCAAGAAGGUUUAUCUCAUCCUGCAGACGCAUCAGAUUGAUCUGAAUGCAUUCCUGACAGCACUGCAGUGGGUUGGUGAGGAGGAAUUGACCAUGGACGAGACGCACUGCAUCGUGGCGAAUCUGAUCUACGAGGGCCGUAUUAAGGGCUACAUCAGCUUGCAGCAUAAUAAGCUGGUGGUCUCCAAGCAGAACCCGUUUCCUAAUGUUAUCGCGGUUUAGAAGACGGUGGAACAAUAAAUCGAUGUUUUACCAUAAUGCUGUGCUUUGUUUGAUUGGUGGCGUGAGCGAUUUUCUCUGAUUAUCAGCACUCAGCAGUCUGUUUAAAGCAAAUUUCACUUACCAUGACGGCAAUUAAAAACUUUGUGUGGAAAACAGUUAGGUAUGCAAACUUUAUUCGCAAUUCUUACCGGGAAGAAAAUCAACCUCUUGACACUUUUCCCGUGGGUGUUUCGGCCGCACCGAACAACUCAAGUUUUGUCUUCAAGUUUCAUUUUUGAAUAUAUAAAAUAUAGGUAUGUGGGUCUAAUGUCUGGAUUUUUAGCGUUACGUAAUUUGUGUACGACGCCUU